UGGAAGCUGAAAUUGAAGAUCUGGAACUAAAAGAAAAAGAGCUGGAUCAGCAAAAACUGUGGCUGCAGCAAAGCAUCAAAAAUGUAAUGGAUGACUCUACAAACAACCAAUUUUCAUACGUCACUCAUGAAGACAUCUGUAAUUGCUUCAAUGGAGACACGCUUCUAGCAAUUCAAGCACCUUGUGGUACACAGUUAGAAGUUCCUAUACCUGAAAUGGGACAAAAUGGACAAAAGAAAUACCAGAUCAAUCUAAAAAGCAGUUCAGGACCUAUCCACGUUUUGCUUAUUAACAAAGAAUCCAGUUCUUCCAAGCCUGUGGUGUUUCCAGUUCCUCCACCUGAUGACCUUGCACAGCCCCCAUCUCAACCUGCUCCACCAGUGACUCCCCCAAAACCUACCAAAGCUACUCAAGAUGCAUCAAAGCACCAUGGUCUUGACCAAGGGCAGCAUUUACCACAUACAUCUGUUGCAGAGACACCACCAGAAAGCAGUUUGCAACAGAGUGAUACAACUCCAGCAAAUCCUUACCCUAGCCUUCCAGAGUCUGGCCUGUACACUAGUCUUGUAACAGAUGUAACGCAAAAUACUGCUAGCUCAAAUGACUAUCCAGCCUUGCUUCCCUUGGACGUUAAUUGUAUUCUCAAGCCAAACUCAUUUGACAUUGCAAAGAUGGAAGAGCCCACAGGCACUAUUAGCGGUGAUAUCAUUGACGAAUUAAUGUCUUCAGAUGUUUUUCCUCUCUUACGACUCUCUCCCACUCCUGGAGAUGACUACAACUUUAACCUGGAUGAUAAUGAAGGAGUCUGUGAUCUUUUUGAUGUGCAGAUACUAAAUUAUUAGAUUUGGUAUCAACCAGACUGUCAUAUCUACCUCUAACUAUGUAACAUUCUAGACUUCUUCAUAACCUAAGUAUUUAAAAUAAUGAAUGUAUAAAUUCUUAGUUCAUCGACUUUGGGAGUGUGUUUCCUUUUGCUUCCUCAACUACUUCACAAAACUUUUUACGUACAAAAACUAGAAGAAAGGGCUUUUUCAUUAUAAUGAAUUUCAGGUAAUUUGAUUUAAGAUCCCAAGGUCCCUUGCUUUUUCUUUUUUUCUGAAAGUGAAAACCAUUUUAUAGCAGUUUUUUUUUGUAAUGACCCAGACUUGUUACUUACAGGUAAAAGCAUUGUGUAUGAAGCUUUACUGCCAAGAAGCUUUUUGUAUUUUUUUAAAACCUUUUUCAAACAAUUUUAAAGCUUUCACUGCCAAACUAUAAGGUGAAGGACAGUAACAUGGUUAUGCUAAAUUGUUUCAGUGAACCAAUUUUGUGAAGUGCCUUCUGUUUUAGCACUUUAAGUUUCUCACAUUGACUUCUGACAUUCCACUUUCCUAGAUGAUAGGAAAGGUCUGUUUGUAGUUUGUAUUAAAGUGUGCUGAUGCUUGUAUAUUAACAAGAUUUUUUUAAUAAAACUGUACAAAGAA